UACCCGGUGUACUUGAUCAGCUGCAUCAGACUCGCGUCUCUUUAGUGAUUUAUUUUAUUUUGCAUGUUUUAUAUUAUUGGUGUUGUAUAUUUGCAUGAAGCAUGGGAGUCACGGGCUUGUGGAAGCUAAUUGAGCCCUGCGGCAAGCCCGUGCCGGUUGAGACUUUAGAAGGGAAAAUACUGGCCGUGGGUGAGUCUUCGAUUUCACGGCUUUGUGAAAUUAUAUCUAAUUUCAAUUGUAACUACGGCCUUGCAGACAUAUCCAUAUGGCUGCAUCAGGUUGUGAAGGGUUUCCAGGAUAACAAGGGCUCCGCUCUGAACAAUGCCCAUCUUUUGGGUUUGUUUCAUCGCCUGUGCAAGCUGCUCUACUACCGGGUGAGGCCAGUCUUCAUAUUCGAUGGAUGUACGCCUCAACUGAAAAGGGAUACGAUUGCGCGUCGUCAGCAGCAGCGCAAUAAACUUAGCAACGAAGCAGACCGCAUACAGGCUCUUCUCUUGCAGUCCCUGGCCAGGGAGAAGGUGGUGCAACAGGCGCUGGGCAAGAAUGCUGAGCUUUUGUUGAAAUCACCAGUGAAACGACCGCCGCCCAGCAAGUCCAAAAACGAUGAGGAUGAUCUAUUUAAGCUGCCAGAGUUGCCGGCUUCGGCCGCUGGGCAGGAUAACCCAGAUGAAAGCGACCAGGAUUUGGACUACACCAGUGCCAGUGCCACUUCGGAUAGCUCAUUUGAUGAGUCCACCGCUCGGCAUGCGUACAAUUCGAGUCUGCAGGCCAUCGAUGUCAAGAGUCAGAACUUUAAGAACCUUCCCGCCGACGUUCGUCACGAGAUACUCACCGACAUCAAGGAGACGCGCAAACAGUCUUCCUGGGGGCGCCUGCAUGAGUUACCCGCCCGCAGCGAUGACUUCUGCUCCUUCCAGAUGAAGCGUCUGCUGAAGCGACGCGCCGUCCAGGAGAGCCUGGAGCAGGCGGAACAGGAAAUGGGCGGACACACGCUUACCUAUUCCGAGCUGUGUGACUUUUUCAGCGAGGAGGGCAUUGUAACGCCCACGGCCAUAGAGCAGAGCACGCGGCAAAUCAGCUCGGAUGAGCAUACGCGAUUCCUGCUGGUCAGGGAUCUCAAGAAGAAGGCAUUGGAAAGCACCAAAACCGAGAUGAAAAUGGAGACAAUUGAGGAGCUGCCAGAGACAAAGCCGCCAGUUGAUGAGGAGAAGCCAUCUACAUCCAGCAAGGCGGAGACUGUUGAAAUGGGCACUGAAUACGAUGCGGACUUGGCGCAGGCCUUGGCCCUCUCACUGGAAGAGAGCACCACAAAAGUGUAUGACGAGAAGGACUACGACUAUGACUCGGAUCAGGAGUUGCGGCUCAAUCGUGCUCAAAGCAAACAGUUGCGACACGCAGCCAAGGGUCCGGCCAGAGCAUACAUGAUUGAAUAUGGCGGCAUGAACGAUGAGGAGGUGGGCAACAUAAUGGAGUCCACUCAAUUGAAUGAUACGCAAAGCCUCGAACACUUACUAGGCACAACUGUAGUCCCCGUCGAUAUAGCAAACGAUUCCGUGGAGGAGGCCAAGCAACUCUCAAAGGCCAUUGAAGAGAGCAAGAAGAGUCUCCUAGAGGAUAAGGUACAGAUUAUAGACACCGAUACGGACUCUGAUUUGGAGGAAGUUGUGGAAACAAAGGCAUCGGCUGGUCUAGAAAUUCGUUUGGACAUCACUAAUAAUCUAAAGCCCACCAAUGAUCUGUUUGCGGAUAUAUUCGAAGAGGACUCUGGCAAGGAAAAAGCGGCAGAUGAAAGCGAAGACGAUGAAGAUUUCAUAGAGGUACCUGAGAGUGAGGAAUUGAAGAUCAUUGAAGAUUCUCAGGAGAAACCAAUCACAGAUGAAACUAGUCCAGGAACUGAAACAAUCGAAGUAAAAGAAAGCCAAGAAGAAAUGCCUACUGAAGAGAAGGAGAACAAAGAGACAGCAGACACAACCCAAACGAAAACCAAACCUGACUUGGACUCUAUAUUGAACGAUUUGAAAAAGGAAACCGAUGCAGUCAAAGAUAUCAAACUAGCAGUGGACGAACCCGAACCCGAAACCAAACCCAAGCCUGUUCUUAGCUCCAUUCUCGAUGACCUGCAGAAAGAAAUCGCUGCCGUGAAGAACAUCAAGUUGGAGCAGGUCAAGCUGAACAAUAGCACUAUCAUUGAGGUAUCCUCCGACGACGAAGCAGUCUCCAAAGUCAAAGCCAAUGCCAACACCGAAGAAGUGAUUGAGUUAUGCGACAGCGAUGACAAUCAGAAGCAACGAAUCUCCCCCAAUAAAACGCCGAGUAAAAACAAAUCCAUAAAGGAUUUCUUUGACACCAGUUAUGUGGUGAAAAGGACACCGGACAAGUCGCCAGUGGCCGAUAACGGUACACCGCCGGGUACACCAAAGGUAUCGCAACCAUUCUACAGGAAGCGAACACCCAAAUCUGAUCGAAAACGGGCUGCUGAUGGGUCAGACGACAGUGAUGAGGAAGUUUCGCCCACGAAAAGGUCCAGCAAGGCUUCAAAGUCUCUUUUUGAGGGAAACGAGCCAGAGACGGAGCCACCGAAGGCUGUGGAUCCUGAGGAGCUCAUCAGAGAUGCAGCAGAGACCCUUAAGUCCCAGAAGACCUCCGAGGAGCUGCAGUCGAUGGCUGAUAAUUUGGCCCAGGAACGCAAGGAAUUGGAAAUCGAACGCAAUCGACAGGACCGCAUGGGCAUGUCCAUAAGCCAACGCAUGAGCACAGAUUGCCAGGAGCUACUACGCCUCUUUGGGAUACCAUACAUUGUAGCCCCCAUGGAGGCCGAGGCGCAGUGUGCCUUCCUGAAUGCCACCGAACUAACGCACGGCACCAUCACGGAUGACAGCGAUAUCUGGCUCUUUGGAGGCCGCACUGUCUACAAGAACUUCUUCGCCCAGAACAAGCAUGUUCUGGAGUUCCGGGCCGAGCAGAUCGAGCAGACAUUCAACUGCAAUCGGGGCAAGCUGAUACAGUUGGCUUGCCUGGUGGGCAGUGACUACACCACGGGCAUUCAUGGAAUUGGUGCAGUGACGGCCAUGGAAAUUCUCGCCUCCUUCUCGACCACACUGGAUGCCUCCAGCCCUGCCUCUAGCGGCAACCAAUCAGUUUUAGCCACUUUGGUUAGGUUCCGGGACUGGUGGCAGGCACACAAGAGCACCAGCCUACCUCCAGGCAGUUCCGCCCGCCUGGCGCUUCGAAAGAAGCUGAAGAAUAUUGAUCUGCACGAGGGCUUCCCAAACAUGGCCGUGGUGGAGGCGUAUCUGGAUCCCAAGGUGGACGACAAUCGCGAUGCCUUCAGCUGGGGCUCACCGGAUGUGGAAUCGAUCAGAGAAUUCACUCGAAAGUCUUUCGGUUGGACGACAUCCAAGACAGACGACAUCCUCCAGCCGGUGAUCAAGAAAAUCAACGAGAAAAAGAUUCAGGGUUCCAUUCGCAACUAUUUCACGGCCAAGAGUGCCUUGAGGGUCCAACAGCCUCAGGUCAGCAAACGCGUUCAAUCGGCCAUUGACAAGAUGUCGGGCAAGAUCGAUGCAGAGACGCCGGAGAAACCAAAAAAGGUCGUUCGUACCAGGCGGGCUAAGAAAGCUGCGACGGAGGCUGAGCCAGCGGAUGUGGAAUCCGAGGCCAAGCCCGCACGUCCCAAGCGUGGCAAACGAAAGGCUUCAACAACAGAAACACCUGAUGAACAGCCAUCCACAUCGCAGCCGACACCAAAGCCUGGCAAAUGUCCGAGGAUACCAGACACCACAGAAAUCAUACCACAAAGAGAAAGGGACUUGGAGCAGAUGCGUCUGAACAAGGCCAGGGCAGCGGAAGUGAUGAAAAAGGCAGCUAAAAGCACAAAAAAAUAAAUCUAAAAAGGGAAAUCAUAUGUCAUAUGUCAUCAUAUGUCAUAUAUGAAAUAAACAUCAUAUAAAGCUAGAUACACAGAGCAAGAAAUUUCACGUUUACUAUUAAAAAAAAAAAACACAUUUAAUUAAAUUAUAAU